CUAUGGUUCUGAGCGGGACAAGAUGGGGAAUGCCUGCAGUAGAUCAUUUAGCAGAGAGCUAUCUCAUUCGUGGGCACAACGCCGUGUCUCAAUUGCUGUCCAGGUGGAGUGCUGGUACAAGUCAAGUCCAGCCACUGACAUGAGUGGAAUCUGCGAUCUCUACGAUGACUAGGAAUUCCUCCGUAUUUCAGUGGCUUGGUUUCAUUAUGAGCUGCAGUAAGUGAAUGCACCUUUACUGAUCUAACGCAAUCAGAAAUGGUGAAUGUGAUACAGCAGUUCGAGUUACACCCUCACAUGCAGCAGACUCUUAGCGGUGAACUUCAAAUGAACUUCAUCUCUUCAUCUUUGACAAGUAUUCCGACAGCCAAACUCCUUGACUGCGUACAAAAUGGCGAUCUUAAGCAAGAUAUCCAGCGCUUUCAUCAACGUGUUCGUCCUAACUUGGGAUUUCGGGCUCUUCAUUCUCAAUCUCCUCACCUUCUCGCAUAAGCCAGGCCACGUUGUUCCUCCUCAUGCCGCUGGACAUGGUCUCACGUGGCCUGAGUAUGUUCCUCCAAAAGAAGGCGAUUCAAGAUCAGCUUGCCCCAUGCUUAAUGCGAUGGCAAAUCACGGCAUCCUCCCACACGACGGCAAGAACAUCACAUUCAAAGAACUCAAUACCAAAGUCCGCCAAACCUUCAACUUCGCUCCAUCAUUCUGCUUCUUCGUGCCCAAAUUCUCAGCCGACUUCCUGAAUCGUUCGUACUGGAGCGGUCACUUUGAUCUUGCCGAACUCAGCUUGCACAACGCCAUCGAGCACGACGCCAGUCUCACCCGCCACGACGCAGCCCUUGUUCCAGACCAAGGAAAGCCCGAUUCGCAGCUUGUGGAUGAUCUGCUGAAAGAAGCUACUGGCAAGAUGCCUGAUGGCUCUCCGCUUCUGACUAUUCCCGAUCUUUCCCGUGCUCUGUCUAAACGGAGGAUUGAUGCGAGGAAGACGAAUGCAGCUUAUUCUGAGAAUCUUUUUCACAAUAUGUUUGGAAGCGCUAACUCGUCAACGAUGUUGACUAUUUUUGGUGGCCGGAUUAAUGAUCUGAAACCUAUGCUCGCUGAAGAACGGUUCCCUGAGGAUUGGGAACCUAGGAUCCUUGCUCGGUAUGGUCUCACGAUGGCGAAGUUCAACGGGACGGUCCUUCCGGUUGAGUUUGGUGUGAAGACCAAGGUUGCAAAGCAGUGAUCCAAAGCAGUGAUCAUGGGCGGGAAUGCAGUGGUACGGCGGAUUAACAGAUCUAAAUUGCCAAGGCAGUUCAGCGUGCGUGCUGGUGUUUUGCCUUUUCCCCGGGGCGACUACGAACUUGGCUUUCCGCAAUAAUGACAUAAUGAGAGUUAUGAAUGUUAUCAACUCGUUUACGU